UUUAGGAUGGUGAGAUUGAAUUCCUUAAAUACCCUCCUCACUUUAAACUCCUCUCAACUCAUCGUUAUAGCCUCCACACGCCGCCAUUUCACGCUUCAUAUCUUCGUCCAUUCAGUACUUGCAGAGCGGUUUUCUAGUGCAAUUCUAUGUCUAUGGCAUCUAUUCGGCCUGUAAAUCGGGGUGAUAUUGCGGAACGCUUUGGCGCGCCUCCAAUGUCUAGCGGUAAAGGCUCUUUGUUUCACUUCACCCCACAAGCUGAGAGCCAGAAGAAGACUAAGAAAGCCCUGGGCCCUGCCACUUCACGCCACAGUCCGUCUUCUGCAAUACUGCCUCCACAAAGUAGUAUUCAGGAUGGAUAUGGGAUGGAUCUGAGUUCAAGUGGUACAGAAUCACGUGCUGGUCAUGUUGAGCCCCAAGUUGUUGAAAAUGCCCCCGCAGAAAGUUCCCCUGGAACUGGAAGUACAUCAGACAACCAAACAUUACGCAGAUUUAAGGAAAAUUGUUUAAUUAAGAAAGCUGCAAGAGUAAUAACUAGAAUCACCAGGAUGUUCAGAUGUUCAAGUAGUUGAAACAAAAGCUGGCACGUUUGACUCAAAAGUGCUUGCCUGAGGAAAAGAAGAUUCAACAUUUUUACGGCAUUUCUUAGCAUGCAGUUUUGAGGAGAGUUCCAGUUUUGAUUACUGAGGUUGAAUCAGCUGACAAAGUGGAGUUCUGGGUUUUCAAAAAAUAAAAAAAAAUAAAAAAAAAUAAAAAAAACCAAAAAAAAAAUCAAAAAUUACUGA